AUGUGUGUUCAAUCAAUACAAGGGGAAAAAGUCUUGUGUCCUGAAUGUCGAGAAGAAACACCAAAGGAAGAGGUGUUAGUUGAUAGGGGUUUUAAAAAUGAUAUGCAAACAUUGGUUAUUCAAUGCUCACUAUGUAAUUGGAAUGACAUAUUGACAAACUAUGAGGAUCAUCUUCAAAAAUCUCAUCUAAAUCCAUCAUGUGAAUUUUGUAACAACUUGUUUAAUUCAGUAAAUGAACUUAACGUACAUAAAUUAUAUGAAUGUGAUAAAAUUACUGAGUGGUGUGCUCUCAAAGAUUUCGGAUGUUCAACACUCAUUAUUCGAGCACAAAAAUGGGAACAUUACAAAACUGAACAACAUCAAGUUGCAAUAAUGACGUUUAUACGUCAUGCCGCGUCCAAAUAUCCAAAUAAUUCAUAUAAUAGAGGCUCUACAAUGGAUGUUGAUAUACCUUCUCAUACUACGAUGUCUUCUUUCGACAGCAUUACUAUGCAAUUACAAGAAGCUUGUCAAACUCUUGAUAUUCUCUCUGAUGGAGUUUCAACAUUAAAUGAAGAUAGAGAACGACUUAAUCAGGAAUCAAAUUUUAUAAACAACAGAAUCGAAUCAUUGACUAGUGAUUUUGCAAGAUUGAAAUUAAGUAUUGAAGAGAAAAUUACAUGUUUAGAUGAAUUAAAACGUAAUCAAGAAAUUCUUGAUCAAGAAAUUGCAUCAUCAAAACAAAAAAUGGAUGAUAUGCAAAAUGUUUCGUAUGAUGGUACAUUAUUUUGGAAAAUAACAAAUGUUAGUAGCAAAAUGGCUGAUGCAAAAUCAAAACGACAAACAUCAAUUUAUUCGCCUCCAUUUUUUUCAUCACAUACCGGCUAUAAAAUGCGAGCUCGUUUAUAUUUUAAUGGUGAUGGAAAUGCUCAUCAUACACAUAUAUCACUGUUUUUUAUUCUCAUGCGAGGUGAAUAUGAUGCUAUACUCAAGUUUCCGUUCAAUUAUAAAGUUAUAUUUUGUUUGUUCGAUCAAACCCCGAAGCAACAACAUAUAAUUGAUUCAUUUCUACCGAAUACGAAAUCAAAUAGUUUUCAACGUCCACAAUCUGAAAUAAAUAUUGCAAGUGGUUUGCCGAAGUUUUGUCAAUUAUCUAUAAUUCAAGCCGAUGGAAAUGGUUAUAUUCGAGAUGAUACAAUGUUCAUUAAAAUUAUGGUGGAUUUUGAUGAUUUAUCGGAAAACUUAUUACGAUUUGUAUUAGGUCUUAAUCCAGGAUUUCCAAUCACUAUUCAACAAGCUAUUAUUAAACAAGAAUCAGAAAAACAAAUUCAACAAACAUCAACUUGA